AUAAAUUCCCCGUGACAAUUCCACUCAUUGAAUAAUCCUCAAAAAUUGCAUAAAAAAUACAAGUAAUAUGGCAAAGAGUGCCGGCAAAAGGGGCAAGAGCACGAAGUCCACAAAGAGAAAUGAUAAGAUUAAACCGAUGAAAUUGGCGGCCCUCGUAGUCUCAGCAAUUCAAGACCUCCGCGAGACAAAGGGUACGACGCCCAAUAAAAUAACCGGAUUCAUAAGCUACGCCUCCAAUUUACCCGAGACUCGAGUGAAGCGUCAGGUUAAAACAGCGCUGAAACGCGGGGUGGAAUAUGGAAUAUUGCGACGUUACCGUGGCCAGUAUUUUCUGCCAACUGGAGAUGAGAUGGACCGUGCAAACCGAAUGGCACUGCGAUUCGCGAGGUUACCAACCCCAAUGUCCUCGUCUGCGGGGUCAAACGAUGCGCCAAAAAUUGAAAAAUCCCAGAGGGAAUCGCGAUUAUUUCCUGCAACUCCCGUCGCAAGUCUGUCCAAUGUAAGUUGGAGUCGUGAUGGUGUAUUAUCUUCGGAAAGCGAUAUGGAGUGAUUGUUUCUCAAUAGAUACUAUCAAAACUGAA